AUGUAUAACAUGUUAGGGUGGAGACCUUCCAAAACAAGAACUCCUAGUACUUUGUCUAUUGUGGAACUUAAGGUGCAUAUGGAUUGCCAAGGAUGUGAAGAAAGAAUAACAAGGGCCAUCUCCAAACUAAAUGGUGUUGAUAGUUUGGAGAUAGACAUGGAAAACCAGAAGGUAACAGUAACAGGCUAUGUAGAAAAAAGUAAAGUAUUGAAAACUGUGAGAAGAACAGGAAGAAAAGCUGAAUAUUGGCCAUUUCCUUAUGACACUGAAUAUUAUCCAUAUGCUUCACAAUAUUUGGAUGAAUCAACAUUCAAGUCUUCUUAUAACUAUUACAGACAUGGUUUCAAUGAAAGUGUUCAUGGAUAUUUUCCUGAUCAAGUUUACUCAACUGUUCCUGAUGAAACUGUUUUUCUCUUUAGUGAUGAUAAUGUUCAUGCACCAUGCACCAUCAUGUAA